AUACUCAUAUCAUCUAUCUCUAAUUUUUCAUAAAGGGAAAUCUACCCGCGAAUUUCAGAUGGAGGUGGUAGAGCGAAUGAAAGGCAAGCGUGUUGUAAAACCCAUCGUUUACGGCAACACGGCCACUCCAUUUGGUUAUAAGAGGGAAUCGGAUCAGCACACGCAUCAAUGGACCGUGUUUUUGAAAAUGUUCAACGAUGAUGAUCCGUCAGAUUUUAUCCGCAAGGUGCAGUUUAAACUCCAUGACAGUUACGCUGUCAAUACAAGAGUCUGCGAUAAGCCACCUUAUGAAGUCACCGAGACUGGUUGGGGUGAAUUCGAGGUGCAGAUGCGAAUCUAUUUCGUUGACGUAAACGAGAAACCGGUUACUGUUUUCCACUAUCUCCGGCUGUUCCAACCAGUAUUCACUCUUCCAAAUGGUACAACUCAAGUAAUUGCAGAACAUUAUGAUGAAAUUGUAUUUCAAGAACCCACAAUUCCAAUGUAUAAAGCGUUAACAUCAGGAGAUGGAAAGAAACAUGACCGAAAGAAGUUCCAUUCUGACCUAAUGCAAGUAUGUCGGCGGACAGUGCAGAAUGUGAACAUGGCUAAAGAAGAGAUCCAGCAGGAGAUCGACGAUUUGCGAGAAUCGUUGCGUGCUGCCCAUAAACUGAUCUUGAAGUACAAGACCGGGGAGGUGACGGAUCUCGCGAAAUUCCAUUUGUCAGUGUCACCUGCAUUCUACGUUUAUCGUCCGUUCUUGGUAUGAGGAAAUUUGCAACGGAUGAGCAUGAAAUCCGCUAUUGUCCAGACGUGGUCAGCAAUUUCUUCAAACGAUUGAUUCAGCAACUGAUAGUAGUCAUUCAUCAAUCUCAUCGAUUUAUUUCAUUCAGUCGAAAGCUAAAGCAUUAGUGACUUUGAUAUGAUGGCCUUCAAUGAAUUGUUAUCGCU